CGGAACAUUUCAAUGUAACCGGUUGUGAUUCAAUACCAAAUAUCAAUUUACACACUCGUGGCGCUUUCACAUCCUCUCUCUCUCUCUCUCUCUCUCUCUCUCUCUCUCACACACACACACACACACACACACACAUAUCACACCUACCAAUUCAUGGCUUCUACACCGCCAAAUCUGUUAAUACACUAAAAAACGAACCCAUCACGUUUUCACAACAAUCCAUGCAUUCUGUUAUGGACUUUACAAGGCUCUCAACAACUAAGCCUCCCCCUAUCUUCACGCGCCUCUUGACCUGGGUCACUUCCACCGUCCCACGCCAUCAAUGCCACCACCUCCCACCGCCGCCGCCACGUCCUCAUAUACCGCCGCAAAAUCAGGCUCCAAUAAGCUUGGUACCUUCUAUUCUCACAAGCAGGGUUCUAGAUUCUUCCAAGUGUAAAUCGUUGUUACCUCAUUUAUCCCCUCAUGAGUUUGAUAGGUUAUUCUUUUCUCUUCAGCCCAAUGUUAACCUCAAAACGACACUUGAUUUUUUUCGUUUUGCUGCUAACUACUUCAAGUUUCGAUUCACUGUUCGUUCUUAUUGUCUCUUGGUUCGUUUGCUUCUGGCUUCGAAUUUUUUGCCUCGUGCCAGAUUUCUGUUGACCCGUUUGAUUGAUGGGAACGUUGCCACUUUGGUUGAUAACAGUGAGAAUAGGCUCAGUGAAAUAGCUGCUUCAAUGUUGGAGCUUAUCCAAGUCAAUGAUCAAAGACAUGGCGAAUUGGAUUUGUUGCUUCAUGUUCUUUGCUCCAAGUUUAAGAAUUUGGGGUUUCAUUUUGCUUUUGAUAUCUUUGUUAUGUUUUCGAGGAAGGGUAUUUUCCCCUCUGUGAAAACUUGCAAUUUUUUGUUGAGCUCUUUGGUGAAGGCUAAUGAACUUCAAAAGAGUUACCAAGUGUUUGAUCUUAUUCGUGAAGGUGUUUCUCCGGAUGUUUACUCGUUUACUACCGCGAUUAACGCAUUUUGUAAGGGAGGGAGAAUUGAAGAUGCCAUUAGUUUGUUCUUGACAAUGGAGGAGGUGGGUGUUUUGCCGAAUGUUGUUACCUAUAAUAACCUGAUUGAUGGGUUGUGCAAGAGUGGAAGAUUAGAAGAAGCAUUUUGGUUUAAGCAAAAGAUGGUUGAAAGCAAAGUGAAUCCGAGUCUCGUAACAUAUAGUGUGCUUAUCAAUGGUUUGAUGAAGUCAGAGAAAUUUGAUGAGGCAAAUCGCGUUUUGUUAGAAAUGUACAGCAAGGGGUUUGCCCCGAAUGAGAUUGUUUAUAAUGCACUGAUUGAUGGGUACUGCAGGAAGGGGAAUAUGAGUGAGGCACUAAGGAUGAGGGAUGACAUGUUCUUAAAGGGCAUGAAACCCAAUGCUGUUACUUUUAAUACUCUUUUACAAGGUUUUUGCAGGAGCAAUCAAAUGGAGCAAGCUGAGCAUGUAUUGUUGUACUUACUAUCAAGUGGAUUAUCUGUUAACCAGGAUGCAUGUUGUUAUGUGCUUCACUGGUUAUGCAAUAAAUCCAGGUUUGAUUCAGCCUUAAAAAUUGUUAGAGAUUUGUUGUUGAGGAACAUCAAGGCUAGUGAUAGCUUGCUAACUCCAUUGGUCUGCGGUCUUUGUAAAUGUGAAAAGCAUUCAGAGGCAAUUGAACUUUGGUUUGCCCUAGCAGAUAAAGGACUUGCAGCCAAUACAGUGACCUCAAAUGCUCUUCUCCAUGGACUUUGUGAACAAGGGAACAUGGAAGAGGUUGUCAUAGUACUCAAACAAAUGCUUGAGAGAGGUUUGUUACUGGAUAGGAUCUCAUACAACACGCUUAUUUAUGGCUGUUGUAAAUGGGGUAAAAUUGAGGAAGCUUUCAAGCUUAAGGAAGAGAUGGUUAAGCAAGAAUUCCAACCAGAUAUGUAUACCUACAAUUUCCUAAUGAAGGGGUUGGCUGAUAUGGGUAAAAUAGAUGAUGUUAAUAAGCUUUUGCAUGAAGCUAAAGAACAUGGCCUGGUUCCAAAUGUCUAUACAUAUGCACUUAUGUUAGAAGGAUAUUGUAAAACUGAUCGGAUUGAAGACGCUGUAAACUUGUUCAACAAGUUAGUAUAUGAGAAAGUAGAGCUAAGUCCUGUUAUUUAUAACAUACUCAUUGCAGCUUAUGGUAGAGUUGGAAAUGUGAUUGAAGCCGUAAAACUCCGUGAUGCUAUGAAAAGUAGGGACAUUCCACCAACCUGUGCUACAUACUCAUCUUUAAUACAUGGAAUGUGCUGUGUUGGCCGUGUUGAUGAAGCAAAGGAACUUUUUGAAGAAAUGAGAAAUGAAGGCUUGUUGCCAAAUGUUUUUUGUUAUACUGCUCUGAUUGGUGGUUACUGUAAGUUAGGUCAGAUGGCUGAAGUGAGGAGUAUCUUAUUGGAAAUGUCUUCAAACAGUAUACAACCUAAUAAAAUUACCUACACUAUUAUGAUUGAUGGGUAUUGUAAAUUGGGCAAUAUGAAAGAAGCAACUAAGCUAUUAAAUGAGAUGAUAACAAAUGGAAUAAUUCCAGAUACCGUCACUUAUAAUGCAUUGCAUUGCAAGGAAAGGAAGCUCGAAGAAGCUUUACAAUAUGAUCAUAUGUCAAACACAGGAGUACCCUCAGAAGAAAUUACGUAUAGCACAUUGAUUCACAAGUUGCAUCCACAUACAGUCCUUAGCAAUGAAGAAUAAUGAGGAAACCUCUUAAAGUUUAGAUGCUUAAUUGAAUCCAGGUCUCUUUUGGUUGAGACUUUGGCUUGAUUCUAAGCUCAUUAUUCGGAAGAUGAAGGUUUGAUAUGCUUGAUCUCUAGACAUGUAGAUUACUGGGAACAACUAAAGCAGCAUACUCUUAGCAUGGCUUCCUACUUGAAAAAUGAGCCUUGGAUUUCAGAGAUCCCAAACUACUCAUGCAGGCAUGAUUUGAACAAGUGAAGAGUGAUUUAGUCAAGCAUCAAAUGGAUAACUUAUCCAUCUUCUUUUCCAUUUGUUGUCCGGGCAUUGCAUGGACGCCAGAUCUCUGGAAUAUUGGAGACAGCAUUAAAAAUUUGAUGAAGCUAACAUGGAUGUUAAAGUAAAUACAGUACAGUUAUUAGAUCUUAGCAGAUCAAGGAAGAGAAUCAAUCACUUCUCAGAUAUGAUGUUAUAGCAUAAAGCUGAGGAAGCAAAAAGUUCAAUCUGUAAAAUGGUAACUGAACCCUUAUUUGUUUUUUAAUUUUAACUGCAAUUUUAUAUGCUUUGUUGUCUUUCCCAACCCGUUCCCCAACAACUCCCCAAGUUACAGAGAGAAAAUAAUGAGAAAUUCAACAAGCAGGUAUGGGUCUCCACCAAAGGAUUUUAUGGCACUUAGGGCAGGAGGGGAACUUGAUGUAGAGAAAGCCACAGUAAUAAAGCUGAGCCUAUUUGAAGUAUUUGCAAGACAAAUGUACACACUUUCUGUCUUGAAUGUGUGAAUUGUGUGGGCAAUCUCCCGCCGGUUUUGAUGUAUUGGAUCCUAUGUAGUUAUAUAUUCAUAUUAAUUUCUAUAGGUAUGUGCUGGUGGCAAGAGAACUUGGUAGAUUUCCAAGCUUCUAGGUUGCUCUGCAUUUACGGAGCAUUUAAUUAUUGUCAUUGGUACUUACCAUUUGGAAGUGGCUCUGAAUGUAGGCUCUGGAUAGAGUUGUAAGAUACAGAAGUUUCUGAAUUUAAUGU